ACAAUAGUCCUCUUCUCCAUCCCUCUCCCCGGUGUGUGUGUUGGAGUUGUAGGUGCAAGGAAAAAAACUUUUUGCUGGUUGUGUUGACAAUCUUUGCAUCAACAGUGGAAAUCGCGCAUUUUUAUUUCUUCAUUCUCGUCUGCUCUUCUAACAUUCAGCGGUAGGUCGAAAACCCUUAUGAUAUACCAGAAAGCAUAGGUGAGGGUGCCAUGACCGACGUCACUUCCUUCAUCACACCCUCAGAUGAAGAACCCGAACUGGCGAGCAUUAACUUUCACGAAAGUUUGCGGUUUUUUCAAGAGCAGUUGAAUCUGGAAGGAAAUCACUUUCCAUCAUCACCAAAUAUUCACAUUUCCAAGAAUGGCAUCACCUCCAAAUUCAACAACGAUCUUCCAAGAGACGAAACAAACGAUGGCACCAAGUCCUUGAGUAGCUGUAGAAUUUCAAUUCCUACUGUCGAGACUAUCUUGGAAAGUGUGAAGGUUCUCAGGGCGAUUCAAAAAAGUCAGGAACAAAGAUGGCCCAUGAGCAAUAUGCUGUCCAGCGUAGGUCAAAAAACACAAAAUUCAGUCCCUUUCGAAAAGACGGUCACAGAAAACGACGUCAUUAUUGUGAAGAAGGGAGGGACCAUUUACUCAACUGAGAACUUUGUCAUUGAUCAAGAAUGUAUUUCAAACGAUUCGGAAAACACUUGUUUUAAAACGCACGGUGUUGCAAAUCCGCUCCAUUCAGAAAGCGGGGCUAACAUCAUCGAAAGCAUCGUAUCUAAACAAGAAGAUGACCAGAGUCACUGCACUGAUGAAAGCAAAAAUGAAAAAUGUAGCUCCAAUUUUGAAUUCGACUCAGAUAAAGAAAAUGGCUCAGAUCCGACAUUUGACGCAGAAGACGCCGAGGAAAGUAGUAAAUUGAAAGACACUGAGGGCAUCAAUAAGUUAUAUUAUACAAUAGAAUUUUCGAAUAAUAAUGAAUUUUCUCAUUUUUGGCCCAGUAACUCUAUCCAUAAGGAUGUCGCUGAAAUCAACAGCAGUUACGAUAAAAAUGCUGAUCAUUCACAGGAACACAAUUGCAAGAAUCCUAGCGUUCUAGAACACAGUUCAACCUACUUAAAACACUCUCUUGAUUUUAAGGAUAACACGACAGGUGAUUCUGAAACAUUACCAAAUAAAGAUGUCAUAACGAAUAACAAAAUUCAAAAGCAAUGUGAUGACAACCUGGUAAGUAUUUCUGAAGUGGACACUGGGAUGGCAGUUUAUUCCUCACAAAAUGGCGACGCUCCUGACCCUCGAGGUAGCACGGAUCAUUCUGAGAGGAUGAUGGAAUCGUCCACAGUCUUUGAUAUUUUAGCUGACAUUAAAUCUUCUGCAGCAGUCGCAGAUGAAAACGAUGACACCUUGGAUAAAGUGGCGUUGAAAUCCACCCCCAUAAACGAGUUAGUAGGAAAGGAAACGCAGCUAAACGAUGGUUUAAAGAAUGGAUCAGCUCAUGAAAAACUUGCUUCUCAUCCAGAAACAACAUUAAAACUACAACUCAUAGAUUCUAGUCCGCCUUUAAGCAAUCAAACCUCAAAUGGUAAUAUCGUAUCAUUGACAGAGCAAACCAAAUUGGAGUGUGUUCGAACCCCCCUCUCGACUGACACUUCCCCAGAAAGCAAAUGUGAUAAACUGACUGAUGUCCCGAAUGCUGUCGAACAAACUGUAACUGUAGAAAAUAAACGUCCAUUAAGCAUAGAAGAGAAUUACAAUCAGUACGAGGUAUUUACGGAAACCUGCAAAUAUAUGCCAAAUGUCCAAUCAACGGAUUUGUCUGAUUCUAAUCAUUCCAUCGUCGAAUCAAAUCUAAGUGGAGGCGGGUCGAACAAAAAUGCAAAAAGAGACGAUGAAGAAACACGUGACAUGAAAGAUGGCUACUUAAAGGAAACGAAUCCGGCUAUCAAAAAUGAAGCUCAUAUUGAGUUGAACACCAAUGGAGAGGUGCAGAAAAUGGAUGCAAACGAUUCACUAGAGGUCAAAAAGAAAUUUAUUACCUCUUCCUGGGACCUCGUGUCCAUUGUGAAAUUACUGUACGCUAUUCCAGAGCCGCAACCACGGAAGGUUCAUUCGUGCGAACAAAUGCUCCAAACCAAAGUCCUUCUCCUGUCGAAAGGUUCAUUUUCUAAAUAUCCCGAAGGAGUUUAUGAAAUUAACGUUGAUGACAACAACUUAACGGUCUUACAGAAUUCUGAAAGUAUUCUCAAUUUUUCUUUGUCGUAUGCUGAAUUUUCAUUGGACGUUGGAGAUAUUCUGAGAAUAGAUAAUAAGAUGGGUCGAAGUUUAUAUAUGAAAAGUAAUAGUAAAAGAGAGAGUCUAGAUUGGAUAGAAACAUUGCAGACCUUAAGUGACAGACAACCGGAGUGUAUUAACCUCGUACACUAUCCUUUGAAAUCUUAUCAGAACACACUCAUAAUUGACCUCGGAAGUUGUUCAACCAGAGCAGGAAUAUUAAUGGACCAGCCUACAUUGCCGAUGUUUUUCUUUCCCAGCGUCUGUGCCACAGACAAAACUACGGGCAAAAAUGAAUUCGGGAUGGAAGCCCUAGAGCCAUCGAAGAGGCAAAACUCGACCAUAUCUUUCCCCAUAAGACCAUCUCUACAAAUCAUAAAGCACAACAUAGACGUGGAAAAAGUAACGGGGAUUUUCAAAAAGAUAUUCAAACAUCUUCGAGUCGAUCCGGAAAACUACACAGUUCUGGUGUGUCUGCCGAGGAGUUUGAGUAUCACCGCUCAAAAUUCCCUCGUCAAGGUACUGCUGGAGGAGGUGAAUGUGAAAGCUGUGAGCUUGGCUCAUCAAGCGAUAUUAACAAUGUACGCUCACAAUGUCAGCACUGGUGUUGUGGUCGAUAUCGGAGACAGAAUGGAUAUAAUGCCUGUCAUUGAUGGAUUUGUUGUUGAAAGUGGAGUCACCCGACUACCGUAUGGAGGCCAAAGACUUAUUCAUCAUAUGAAACAUGCUUUAGCUCAGAAACAUAUAAGUUUAUCAAACGAAAUAGACUCAUUUGUUGUACAAUAUAUAACAGAGAAACUUUCCUAUAUUGCUUUGGAUUAUGAAACGGAGCAACAUUUGGCCACUUCUCACCCGGAAAUGGUCAGAAAAUCCAUCAAUUUACAAUCCUUUGCCAAAGACGAAACCUGUUUGCCGUAAGAUACUUUUUUGAAUCAUUUUUUUUUUCAAAAUUUCUUCCAGAAAUAAAAUAUUCAUGACCUCAGAGGCUUUCAUAAGAAUGUGAUAACUAACGGAAAAAUGGGUCAUAACGCAGCCUCCCCCCACCCUUUUAAUGUAUGCGUAAAAGCACCCUUUAAAGCAGGGAUGGGCAAACUACGGCCCGCC